AUGGCUACAUGGCAAGAGGUCGCUUCAGCCUGUCAGAGCGCUGUUCUACAGUCUAUUCCUGAGAAAUGGCGUCUACCAAGCAAGCCAGAUGCCUCAGUCACAGAUGUCCGUGACAUUCCCCGGACCUGUGGCUUGAUAACACCCCAACAACUGGCCAUAACCGACCAGACGACCGAUGAGCUCGUGACCCAGUUGGCAACUGGAAAGUUGACAUCGGUCCAAGUAACCGAGGCCUUUUGUGCCAGGGCAGCCAUUGCGCACCAGUGUGUCAAUUGCCUCACAGCCUUUUACUGCGAGGAAGCUCUGAAGAGAGCGGCUGAACUAGAUGCCAUCUUCGCAGAGACUGGGAAACCAGUCGGUCCUCUCCAUGGCAUCCCCGUUGCGAUCAAGGACAUCUUUGCCGUCAAAGGAAGACCGAGUACCAUGGCCGUGGUAGCCUGGCGUGGGAAGGACUGGGGGUUCGACGCGCCCAUCGUAGCAUUGCUCAAAACUGCGGGUGCAAUCCAUUUCGCAAGCACAACCAUGCCUCAGACCGGUAUGAUGCUCCAGACCGUCAGUCCGCUAUGGGGACGCACCUUGAAUCCCUUCAACCGAUCCUUCGCUGCUGGCGGCUCUUCGGGCGGUGAUGGUAGCCUUGUGGCCAUGCAUGGUUCCCCAUUUUGUCCUUCGACUGAUAUUGGAGGGAGCAUCCGCGCACCAGCGGCCUUCAAUGGACUUUACGGCAUUCGACCCACGGCAGAUCGAAUUCUAAAAACCGGCAUGCUCAGUGCCGCACCAGGGCAGACCUCUAUCAAAGUUUCUUGUGGUCCAACUUGUCACAGUGUCAGCGACUUGAAGCUUGUCACAAAGCUUCUGUUUGAUUAUGAGGAGUAUAUCGGGUUUGAGUCUUCUGCCGUUCCCAUUCCAUGGAGGGAGGUGCAGCAGCCAAAGAGCAAGUUAGUGUUUGGCGUGAUGAGAACAGACGGCGUAGUGAAACCCCAGCCAAUUAUAUUGCGUGCUAUUGAUGAGACCGUGGAGAAGCUCAAAGCGGCAGGCCAUGAAGUCAUGGAGAUUGAGCCGCCAUUGGAUCUUUGGGAGGCCGCACAAGUUACAUGGAAACUAUACUUCCAGACUGGAGGGAAAGAAAUCAAGGCUCUCGUGGGAUCUACCGGAGAACCUUUGGAGAAGACCUUUGAGUGGUAUCUCAAAACAUUUGGCAUCAAGGAACUUACCGUACCGGAGCUUUUCGAGGCAAGUGGUAUCAUUGAACCAUCCCUAGUGCAAUACCAGCUGACGGUGGGUGCUCAGACGAACCUCAAGCAAGCGGCUAUCAAGCGCCAAUUUGCCCAGCUCUGGGCCUCAACAAAGGACUCGACUGGCACUGGCCGUCCCAUUGAUGCCUUGAUAUGCCCCUGUGCCCCAUCAGCCAGCGUCCCCCACGACUUUCCAAUUUGGUGGGGUUACUUUUCGAUCUGGAAUCUCCUCGACUACCCGAGUACCAUCAUUCCGCUCAAAGAUUUCAGAAUCAGCCCCGAAAAGGACCCGAAAGACACGACCUACAAGCCUACCGACAACCCAUUUGACAGAAUGAAUUAUGAAAUUUAUGAUCCUGAGCUGUGGAGUAAUUUGCCAGUCUGCAUACAGAUAGUCCAACAACAAUUUAGGGACGAAGAGCUACUUACAGUAACGGAGGUGUUGGAUAAGGUGGUCAACGCUUGA